AACAAGAAGAACAACGAGAACAACAAGAACAACGGCGACAGCAAGAAGAACAACGAGGUCAACAAGAACCCAUGACGCAGCGCGGUCCUCCUCCGCACGCCGAGCCGAUGCAUCGUGGGGGUGGCGAGUGGUUGGAGACGCGACACGAACCGGGGUCCGGCGUGAGGCCAGCGGGCGUCCCGGGACGAGAGGCCUCAACUCCGCCACACGGCGAAGCGGAGCCGGAGCCACGACCUCGCGGCCCGAUGAGCGCGGACAUUAGAGGCCACGUGCCGGACGCGUCGGUGAGCCUUCGAGCGGCGCGGCCCGAAACCGGCCAUCGAGGAUUCGACGUCAACGCGGAACACCCGGGCAGACUGCCAUCGACGAUGAUUAUCGGACCGGUGAGGUACAAAAGGGGCUCCUUGUACGCGUCAGACGGCUCCGACAGCGACUCGGGCUCCAAGGAGCACCACUUUACAGAAGGCGCCACCGCGGGGUCUUCGUCCGUCGACCCGCGUCCCCCGUCGGAGGGGAGCCGAGCAGAGGGACUCGGCCAAGGGUCCCCGACGCUCGCCGCGGUCGCCCUCGGGCACCCACCGAGCCCCGCGCGGGCACGGCCACCGACCGGCGAGCGCGGCGGAGGCUGCGCCUCGGGGCACGGCUGCGAGGGCUCCGCAGGAGCAGCAGCCGUGCCACCGACACUCCCAUUGCAUCACGUUCCCCAAACGACCAUCGUGAACGUUGUUAUAAAAAGACCGAACCGCUCUAGAAGCAAACAGGUGAGGUUGAGACCGGAAAAAACGCACACGGAUUAAAGCGAUGCGGGGGGAGCCACGUUAGGAAUGCGGUUCUUAUUUUGGCUUACAUUUCGUUUUUUUUAUCUAUUCCAGAUGAAGGGACUUUUUAGCUAAAAUGCAAACUGCCUUUGCCUGUUCCCCCUCCGCAUUGUUUAAAAUCAUUUUGUAUUUUUUGUCACGUAGAUAACGCUUCAACGGUAACUAAAACAUGAUAAGGUACAAUUAUAUAGUGCGGUACAUGAUGAUGUGUGUGGAUAUACCAACUCUAAAACGAUGACAAGAGAAUAGUAUAUUUACACUGACACACACAUACAGCUGCUAAUGUCACAGCAUAUCCGAAGCAUCAAUAGCCAGUAUCUUCACAAAUUCAACACACACAUAUGUAGCGGUCAUUUCUAAAAAUACAAAAUAUAGAUGACAAAUACAAGCAUAGGAUCAGAUAUUUUAUUUACUGGCUGUUAAAUAAUCAAGCAUGGUGUUUCAGUAACGAAAAAUACAAGUUUUGAGAAUCAGUUGACUGUGUAUAUAACUUUAUAAAUACAAAGAGUGUCUUAAGGCACUGCACAGAGCAAUUCACAAACGAGAGAUGAUACUAAUAAUAAUCUAAUAAUGUACCGCAACAUAAUAGCGAAACACAAAGAAUCCGUGUGCUUUGUAUUUAAAAUAAACACCGAUUAUACACUAAUAAACACGAACAGAUUCAUUACGAUUCACAAACAGCGUAUUCCUAACCUUUUAAUCCAGUAGUUAGUUAAUAUUACACACGGAAGCAUUUUUUCCCUAUUCAUCUUUAAUGCAAUGUGGAUACAUUUUUUUUUUAAACUUCACCCGUCAACUCUGCGGCGAGAUAUAAAACGGCAGUUAAUUCAUUUCAACGUCAUUCUAUUUUGAAGGGGAGACAUAAGGAUGGACACGAAGGUAGGACCAAACUAAGGAGGACCCUAGGCAAUAGCGCUCCAUCAAAAUCGGCAUCAUCAUCAGCAACAGCAGCAGCAGCGAUCCAGAGGCAUCCCGGUGAUGUGCGCGGCAGCAGAACAAGCUUGUCUGCAUCCACGCAGACUUACCCCGAGCUAGACGCGUACGGCACGAAGAGCGAGUCUUCGGAUAACGAGGAGCGCACGGACGAGAGGCCCGUUGUGUCUGUCGCGACGCAGACCGUACCGGGGGUUGCUCGCGGAAGCGAAGAGGAGGCGCUUGGGGGCAGCAGCGGUAUCCAUGAGGCUCGUCUCUCGGAUGUGGAUGGGAGAAAUGGAAACAAGCAAAGACUGCCGCGAGCAUUAGGCAGACAGCCGUGCCAGUGGUACACAAAGGGCAACUCUGGCAACGAUGACGAAGAUGCCAGAGAGAGCAUGGACUCCCACGACGAUGAGCCGUAUCUGUCUGCUGAUGAUUUCCUUGCCGAAGACAGCGCGACGGAGCGUUGGGAGCAGAGUGGAGCAGAGCGACUAACGUGGAAAGGGGGACUGCUCCUGACACAGGGAUCGGAUGACUCAACGGUUAAAACAAUUCAAACGUCCUCAAAGAAGGCACCACAAUGUGGCCGAGAAUAUUUGCAGCAUGGUACUAAGGAGCAAUUGAAGAUGCCUCGUGAACGCGGCCUGUCUUCCAAAAUAUUUGAGUCAGGAAAAGCGGAAGCAGGCGCCCGGACGAAGCAAGGUCACGCGGAACAUCAGCGGAGCGCGAGACAGCAAACGGAGAGAGGGCAACAGCGGGAUGCAGGGGCCAGCUCCGAGCCGUCGCCAAGGCUGGCAGCUCAAGUCUUAAAAGAGCAACGUGGUCGGUUGUCGGUGUCACGAGAAUAUCGUGCUGAGGCUCAGUUGACUGCGAGCAAAGCGGCGCGAGACCGAGCGGACUUCCGAACGGAGGCAGUCGCUGUCAACGAGGCUGAGAUUGGGAGGCCGGAUUGUAGUCACGCGCUGCACCGAUCGCAGCCGACGUGGCUCGGUAAUGUAGCCGCUUCGAUGGGUUCAGCUUUUUCGGACGAGUCAACGCAAAUGGGAAAAUCGUUACAAGGUGGCGAAUUCAAGUCCAGCGUUUCCACAGUUUAUUCGGACGCAGCCGACAGACUGAUGCUGAAAACUCCACGUUCAGGGAAGUUUGAAAGGCAAACGUACGUGUCAUGUAUGGAAGAGAGUGAGUUCAGAAGAGACCCAGAAGAUUUGAAUUUACAAAUGUUUCACAAGUUGAGCACAGACCAACGGGACAGCGGUGCAUUGAGAAGCUUUGGAAUGUCCAGAAUGCAAGUUGAGUUAGAAAUGCAAGAGGAUGUGAGAAGACAAAAUAGAGACUUGAGAUCGGAAGUUGAUUUGGAGAUUGAUGAUGCUGGGAGGUUCAAGGAUCGCACGAAUUGGCAAGUGCAGCGUGGACCGAGCGAAGUGAUGGAUCUGCAGAACGUGAGUUCCGUGGAAGAACACGGAGGAAAUAGAUUAUUUGGACAAGCCUUACACUUUCCAGAUGAGGAGGAGUGUGCGAGGCUUUGGAAGGUGGUUGGCUGCUUGGAGGAGCUCGUCCUCACUCUGGACAGACACAUCCCGUCGCUGGGCCAGGGACCAGAGGAGGGCGCCGGUGUGGGCCCGCAGCCUGGGUUGGUCGAGGCGAGUGGAGGAGCCAGUGAACUGGGAGAGCUGAUCGUUGAGGAGACAGAAACAUGUUCAGAGGUCAAAGGUUACUUGGAGAACCUCAGCAAAAUGAUAAAGCGUCACUUGAAAGCCACUCGCCAGAACGCUGCGGGCACGGCCAGCGGCAAGGGAGCCAGCACGGGCUUGCCCUUGCCGCAGCUUGGCACGGAGCUGAUAGAGCACUACACGCACUCCAUUGCCAAGCUGCUGGAGUCCUACCUGCACGCACAGGCUGCGCUGAUGACCGCCUCGCGGAGCAGCGUCGCCCAGAGGCUGGAGUGUGAGUGCCUGCAGAGGAGCUACGACCAGGCCUUGGCUCGGCUGCAGCAGAUCAAGGUGGAGGUGAGCGACAUCGAAAAGGAGAUCGAAACCACCAAGGAGCGUGGCAGCGACACGCGGGAAAGGCUGGACGCAGCGCAGGCCGAGGCUCAGAGGAUGAGCAGCGAGAUCCUGGAGAUCAGCGGGGAGCUGAGGGAAUCGGCCAAAGAGUGUGAAGCUCUGGAAACAGACCUGCAGGCUGUAACUCAAAUAAGCUCAGAGGGAGUUAUAAGGGGACCUGGCUGGGACAGAGCUCUCCUGGAGAAGAGAAUCAACCUUCUCAACGACAUGCUGUCCUCCCACCAAAAGAAGAUCCGAGACCUGGUGGCUCAGAUGGAGGGGAUGAGGUCGAAACUAGGCGAGGAGAAGAUGACAAAUCAUCAACUGACGACGGAGAUCUCGCAGCUCAAGUAUGAGAUCCACGAGAUGAAGUUUCUGGUGGAGUUUCUGGAGUCUGAGCGUGAGCUGGAAAAGAGCAAACUGGUCACAGGGUCGGAAGGCGUAGAGAGCAAGAGCGGGCAUGCGACGCCCGUAGUUCCACCUCUCCCAGAUGUCGCUGCCACACCACCGACCGCCGCCACUCCGAGUCAACCCGGCCAACCCGGGCUGCCCGGCCUGCCCGGCCUGCCCGGCCUGCCCGGCCAACCCGGGCUGCCCGGCCUGCCCGGCCUGCCCAACCUGCUCGGCCUGCCCGGCCUCCCCUUCACGGAGGAGGCAAUCGCGGAGCUGAGCGUGGCGGCGGACGUGAGGACGGGAAGUGAGCAAGCCCUGGAGGUGGACGGCGAUGCCCUCUCCUCCAGCAAAUCUGUUCAAACUGACCACACGGAGCCCGUCCUUGUGAUCUGCAAGGAGGAGCUGGACUGGGACGUUUCCCCGCUGGAUUUCUUAUUCGACCACUGCGAGCGUGAGAGCGACCUGCUGAUGGAACGGAUCCAGCGCCUCGACUCCUUUGUGCGCGUGCACAUGGCGAGCAGCCGCUGAGAGUGCGCGGCCCCAGUGCGGUUGUUGGUGGUGCCCACGGGUACCGCGGGUAGUAGCUACGGUUAAGCCAGGACUUCGGCCCUCCGCACCGCCUUCACCCCACGCACCCCGUUGUUUCUCCGCUCGCAUCAUUCAAACGCAGCCUCUGCAGGGAAACUUCUCCGAGCCAGAGGCGGCGAGAGCGGCGCAAGAUCACCGCUGCUGUUGUUGUCCCCCCACCCCGCACUUCCAAUUAGCACGGUUGGCUACGUACGGCGCGAAAGAAGUUCAACAUAAAUACACAUACAUAACACUGAUGUCAAGUCUAUCGCCUUGCGGUUCUCUUGUGUUUCAGAGAUUUAUUUUCACGUACACAUAUGUCAUAAUAAAGGUUUUUGGGUUAGAUCGCGUUAUUUAUU